GUACACAUAGAAACAAUAGCAAUGAAGUGUUUUCCAAUAUUAGCUGCCCCUUUUGGUUUAAUAGCCUUCAUUAUUGUUGUUGUUCUAUCCACAGCCACAACUUCAUUUUGCACUCAAGAAUGUGACUCUUUUGUUCAAUGUCUUUUUGAUUAUGGAUCUCCAAAUUCAAACCCUAUUGCCAAUGUGAUUUACACUCCAUCCAACUCCUCCUAUUCAUCCAUUCUCAAUUUCUCUAUACAAAAUCUAAGAUUUUUAAACAAAAAUAUCUCAAAGCCACUCGCUAUAAUCACUCCUUCACAUGUUUCACACAUUCAAGCAGCCGUCAUUUGCUCCAAAUCCCAUGGCUUUCAAAUCCGAACUCGUAGCGGCGGUCAUGACUUCGAGGGCCUUUCUUACAUCUCCGGCGUUCCAUUCGUCAUGGUCGACCUAAUAAAUCUCAAUUCCAUCUCAAUUGACGUUGAAAACCAAAAUGCAUGGGUUGAAUCUGGGGCAACUCUAGGUGAGCUCUAUUACAGAAUUGCUGAGAAAAGCCAAACACUCGCAUUCCCGGCCGGCUCUUGCCCGACGGUGGGCGUUGGCGGGCAUUUGAGUGGCGGUGGAUAUGGGUGGUUGAUAAGAAAAUAUGGACUUGCGGCUGAUCAUGUGAUAGACGCUUACUUGGUGGAUGCUAACGGAAAAGUUCAUAAUAAAGAGUCAAUGGGAGAGGAUCUGUUUUGGGCCAUCAGAGGCGGUGGUGGAGGUUGCUUCGGGAUCGUUGUGGCGUGGAAGGUGAAGCUGGUUGAGGUUCCGGCCAGGGUCACUAUUUGUGAAGCUAACAGAACAUUGGAGGAAGAUAGAAUAUUGAAGCUAAUCCAUGAAUGGCAAUAUGUUGCUCCCAAAUUGGAUGCCAAUCUUUUACUUGGCAUUAGUUUGACUGGUGGGAAGGUAACUGAAGAUGAAGAAGGCAAAAUAAACCCAAUAGCUUCAUUUUCAUUAAUGUUUCUUGGAAAGGCAGAAGAAGUUUUGACAAUAUUGAAACCAACAUUUCCCCAAUUGAGUUUAACAAAAGAAGAUUGCUUAGAAAUGAGUUGGAUUCAAUCAGUUCUAUUGAUGGGUUGGUUUCAAAAGGGAGAUCCUUUGGAAGUUUUGCUCAAUAGAACCCGUCUCUAUAGUGAAAUCUCCAAAAUCAAAUCCGACUAUGUUAAGGAACAUAUUCCAUUGGUUGCAUUAAAGGGUAUGUGGGAGAGGCUAAAAUCUAAAGAUGUUGAAUUAUCACAAAUUAUGUUUGUACCUUAUGGAGGGAAAAUGAGUGAAGUUGACGAUUCGGAAACUCCUUUUUCACAUCGAUCUGAUUAUAGUUAUUUGGUUGGGUAUAUUGCGAAGUGGAAAAAUGGGAGUGUGGAGGCGGAGGAAAGACAUUUGAAUUGGAUAAGAGAAAUUUAUGAUUACAUGACCCCUUUUGUGUCCAAGUCACCGAGGGCGGCUUAUGUUAAUUACAGAGAUCUUGAUAUUGGAACAAAUAACAAGUAUGGCAGAACGAGUUACAAGCGUGCUAGGGUCUGGGGGUUGAAGUAUUUUGGGAAGAAUUUUGAUAAAUUGGUGUAUGUUAAGACAAAGGUUGAUCCUUCUGAUUUUUUUAGACACCAGCAAAGUAUACCUACUCUUAGUGGUAUUAGUGAAGAAUCAUUUAGUGCAUCUUUAUAAUUUUAUCUCCACUCUGUUUAGAAGUAAUUCUUAAUCAAAUGUUUGAAUCAAGUAUUGAAAUUGUAUGCAAUGUGAUUCAUAUAAUAUAAAUGUGAUCAAGCUGACAUAUUGAACACUUGAUAUCA